AUGAAAAGAAACAAGACUGAAAACUAGUAUUCAUAUUCACUUAAAUAGAUUCACCAAAACAAAUUAUAUACGUCUAUUGAACCUAGACAAGAUUCAUUAAUCAGUACCAACAACUCCAAGAAAAACAAAAUUCAAGUCGCUUAUACCUAAUCAUCAAGAUGUUUAGAAUCAUCCAAUCUUAUUAAGUUAAUUAUUAUGUGAUAUACCAUUCACUCAUACUCAAGUAAUACAAAUACCCACUCUAUCAACAUCUAAUAAUUAUUAUUGUAAAAGUACAACUAAAACACAUACUCCUUCUGCCUCUUAGAAUAUGUAAACUAAAAAAUUACAAUUAAAUCAUAAACCAUAAAGAUUUGUAGUUAAAUUGAAUAAAAAAAUUCCAACAAUUCUUUCCAAAAAAUCCUAAAUUAUUACAUCUUAAACUUAUCGCCCAAAUUAAACAACCACCAAAUUUCAUUCAUUAACUAUAGAUCCAAAAUAUCAACUAAUAAAUGAAAUCACUAAAGGAGAUAUCAAAUCUGAAAUCAUUUCCAAAUAAAUUCAACCAUAGCAACAAUUAGUUCCUCAAUUUACAAGUCCAAAUUAACUCUCUAGAUAUAGAGAUUGUUCAGAAAUUGAUGAUUUUAAUGUAAAUAACAUUUGUAUACAAGAACAAACUUUAUGGAAGUAAAUAAAUAAGAGGAUUACUAAAUUUUCAAAAAUUUCCAUCUGAAAAUAUACCAUUAAAACAUAAAUACAAAACAAUAAGAGCAUCUUUGAUUUAAUAUUUGAGACAUUUGGAGAAACUUAAAUUAACAACUAAAGAAUUUUUAUCACAUAAAGUAUUUCCUUCAAAACCAUUUGAACACAAUUCAUCAAAACAUUUCUUUUAAUUAUGUAAAUAGGGUUAAGAUUAAGAGAUCAUUAAAUGUUUAGAUAAUAAUAAAUAUUUAGUUUAUGAAUAUGAUCAUUUACUCAUGACUACUUUACAUUGGUGUGCUAUGAGAGGUUUAGAAUCUACUGCUAAAAUAUUAUUAAAAUAUGGAGCAGAUCCAGAUUCUUAAGAUAUUGUAGGAAGAACUCCUUUAUAUCUAGCCUUGAUUCAUAAAUAAAAUAAUAUUGCCUAUUUUUUGAUUCUUAACAAAGCUGAUCCUUGGAAUAAAAUGAAUCUUAAUUAUGAGGAAUCAGUUAUUGAGAAUCCUGAAGGUAAAACUAUGUUGCAUUAAACUAGAAGGGUAAUAUAAUUAUAUAUAUUAUUAUUUAUUAGACUCACAUUUUACUUCGUAUGACUCCAGCUGAUUAGAGAUAAUUCAUUUGGCAAAAGGAAUAGUUGGAAAUGUAUGAACCUAAGAAGAAAAAGAUUGCUUCUUUAUAAUGA